GGUUCAAUCUUUGCAUUUCAUUCAAUCACAGUCUAGUAUCUAGAUUGAGUAUCUAGACAGAGAACAUCAGACACAUUUCUUCUGAAACAGAAGCAGAUGAUGGUAUUUUAUUUUGGAUGAUGAGAGUCUUUUCUAACAUUAUAAAUGGACCUCAGGGUUAUAAACACACAAUAUGAUCAGAUUAAUGGAGACUGGUCUGUGUUGCUCAUGUCUGCUGUGUCUCAUCUUCACCAGCAGAGGCCUCGGCUCUGAAGAGGAAAAAGAAGGCCAAGAAUCCUCUUGUCUUUUCUUUUAAUUUCUAAAACCCUUCUCACAAUAAUCCCAGAUCUUCUUUCAUCUCACACACUGGAUCCUCAAACUGAGGUUUUAAAGGCUGUCAGUAUCACCUUCUUCACUAAUGAUCUCAGCCCUCAUCAGUCAGAUCAUCUGUGGGUUAUUUGUUUUAAAAAGCACCAUCUAAAAGUGACUCAACAGUAAAAUAAAAAUGCAUUUCAAAUUGAAUUAAGCUAUAAUAUUAUAAUAGCCACUUAGUGUCAAAAUGUAAAUUAAGAAUAUUUAUAAGAAUGUCAUUCUGUAAAAUAAGGUUCAUUUUCAUAUUGACUGAUAAAGACUGACACAGAUGUAAGUAUGGAAAUUAAUGGAAAGAGAUGGACCAUUACACAAAUAUAGAGGAAGUGAAUAUGAAAUAGGGUUUUUUAGACUAGUAAACUAACAAUGUUAUGAAUAAGUGACUCAGACUCAGGACAGAAACACGACCUCUAAAAAAUGGACCAGACUCUGUAUUUCAUUCUUCUUCUCAUUGCUCUCUGCUCCGUAUCUGAAUGUGUUCAGCGUCAGUAUCACUUUAUAAAUGAGAGGAAGACCUGGACUGAAGCUCAGAGAUACUGCAGAGAGAAAUACACAGAUCUGGCCACCGCUGACAACAUGAACGACACAAACGAGCUGAAGAAGAGUGUGAAUGAUGGAAGUGUUAAGUAUUUCUGGAUUGGGCUGCAGAAGACGGGUUGUGAUGAAUGGCACUGGUCUUCAGGUGAACCUAUGCUCUAUCUGAACUGGGCUCCUGGACAACCAGAAACCAGUUAUUGUGGUAUGAUGACAAACGGAAAAUUUGAGGAUAUGUCAUGUAGUGUUGAGCAACAUUUCAUCUGCAACAACACAAACACAGAACUUGUCUUAGUCAAUCAGGCGAUGAACUGGAGAGCCGCUCAGAGUUACUGCAGAAAGAAUCACAUUGAUCUGGUCAGUGUGAGGAACCAGAACGAGAAUCAACAGGUUGAACGGUUCAUUAGUGAUAAUAACUCAUCUGGAUUAUGGAUCUGGAUCGGUCUGUUCAGAGACUCAUGGCAGUGGUCAGAUCAGAGUGACUCUUCAUUCAGAGACUGGAACACUGGUGAACCUAAUAAUAAUGGAGGAACUGAAAACUGUGCAGCUGUUAAUGCUCAGAGAAAAUGGUUUGACGUCUCUUGCACCAAUCAAUAUCCUUUUGUGUGUUAUGAAGAUCCUGAACUGAUUGUGAUCAGAGAGAAUGUGACGUGGUCUGAAGCUCUGAGAUACUGCAGACAGAAUCAUGUGGAUCUGGUCUCGGUUCAUUCAGAAGAGAUGCAGCGUCGUGUGAUGAACGUGGUUAAACUGGCGUCUACUGCGGAGGUGUGGUUGGGUUUACACAACUACUGCAUCAUGAACAUGUGGCUCUGGGUGAGUGGAGAGAGCGUGUGCUAUCAGAACUGGGCUCCAGGGAACGGAACCAAACCGGAAGACUGCAGCCUCGAGAAGAGAAAAGGAGCAGUUCAGUCUGGAGGAGAUCAGCGCUGGAUCAGUCUUCCUGAGACUCACAAACUCAACUUCAUCUGCAGCAGAUAUUAAGAGUGAAGAAUCUUUUCUCUGUCUUUCUGAUUUUCUUUCAUGUUAAAGUUGCCAGAAGUCUUUCUGUAUUUGAAUUAUAAUGGAAUAAUGUGCUCUUAACAGCAUUGUUUAAUAUUCUUUAGAUGUCUAAAACACUAAAAUAAUAUAUGUCUGUGUUUUAAGAAUCUCUUUGUGUAUGCGGUGUGGUAUCUUUUUUAUUUUGCACUAAUCGUAUAUUACUAUAUUUGAUGUGAUUCUGUGAGCAGCAGCUCUUGAGAAAAAAUGACUUGUUUCUCAGCAGAAAUGAAAUCUGAUUAUUCAUAGACAUUCAGAAAUGAAGUUUGGGUAUAAAAUCUUGUGUUUGAUCCAAACAGAACAUCAGCUCAAAUAAACUCAUCUGCAGCCGA